AUGAAUGGAAUACAGAUAGCAUCAAGUAUAGUCAGGGGUGAGUUGGAUGACUUGUGCCCUGAAAAUAUAAUAAAGUGUAAAAUAGUUAAAAAGGUUGGCAGUAAAAGAGUAAAAUUAUCCCAGGAAUUAGGUGAUUUGGACCUAGAACGCCAGUAUACACUGUACAAACCCUUCAACAAUGAUUUGGAACUUGCCAAAUUAUACGUCAAUGAAUCUCCAUUGUGCGUCGAAAUCUUCUCCCUUUUUGAAUCUAACAAUUUAAUCGUCAAAACCAAAGCUAUUUCUAUGCUCCUAUUCAUUCUAUCCAACUUCUCAAACCUAUAUACCAAUUUUUACAAUAAUUUAAAUAACGAAAAUAACUUAAGUAGUAGUUCAGAUGAAAGUUCGGAAGGUGGAUUAGAAAAUAAUGUAAAUGACUCAGAUGGAAAUUUUGAAUUGAGUAAAAAAGUGAAAUUGGUCGAGAAAAUAUUGAAGCUGUAUAAGGAGAAGAUAGAUGAGAUAUUCGUUAAUGACGACGUGAUAAUAAAUUAUAGCCUUAAGUUGCUAUUGGAGUGUGUGAAGUGUGUAGACUUGGAUGCUUUAACAGAGUUUUUGCUGAAUUUUAACUUUUUCAAAUAUUUGACUAAAUGCCACAUUUUUACACCUUCAUGCGAUAUCACCUUGAUUAACUCAUUAAACACAGAUGAGAGUGCGGUUACAGAUGAAAUCAGCUCAGAUGCUGACUUAUACCAUGAAAACGGGAAGUUGAAACUGUGUAUAAUAUUAUUACUUGGCCUCAAGGGAGUUAACGUGUUGAGGAAGGAUCUUAUUAACAUUAUCGUAUCACACUUAAAAUCCGAACAAUUAACUACUCAAUUUCUGUUGGUAAGAUUAUUAGUAAAAAUAUUAAACAACUUAAAUGAGGUCGAGUUGGACGAGUAUACCGACAAAUUAUUCAACAACAUCAACAAUGUAAUCAUAAUAUUAUACAAAGAGUUGGGUACAGAGUUCGGUACGAAGCUGAAUAAAGAGGAUUUGGAUGAUAUUUUAAAGGAUUUUAUAAAGUUUAUCCACAAAUACAGUGAUUUAUGUGUAAAACUAAUCUUAAAGUAUGAUAUUAAGACAUUCAAAGUCGUUUCAACCUCACUUUACACUCUUAAUAAUGAGGCCUACAAAUCAUAUGUAAACUCGUUAAAAUUGCCGAGUAACACUGAAGUUGGUUUAUUUUUGGACAUUGUCGAGGAGUUUUACGAUAAUACAAAUGAGUUACCAAAUUGCUUUAACAAAGUUAUCAUUAAUAAAUUACUAACUAACAACGUUCCAAUUAUUAAUAAAUUAAUCAAAUUGCUAAUCAAAGUUAAUAGUUUACCAGAUUUACAACUAUUGCUUAAACUCAUCAACCAUAACAAUAAUAAUGAUAAUACUGUCAAUGGCGUUGAUGCAGAUGGCGUUAAUAGUAGCAAAAGUGUUGAUUUAAGUGGAUUGUUGGAACUAUUGUCGAGAUUCGACGGCGCAAAGUCGAUAUUUGACCCAUUAAAAUUGUUUAAAUACCCAUCAAUUUCAUCAAAUUAUGAAAUCAUGAAUGAAUUUUUUACCUGCAAAACUGACAUGGGAGUGAGUAGAGAAUCUGAUGGUAGAAUUGAGGAUAGAUUAGAGUUGGAUAAGAGUUUGAUGAAAUGCAUCUAUAAUUUGAGCGUAAAGGAUAUUAUAAUAAUCAAUAAACUGCAAAACAAGUGUUUAAGCAUUUUAUUACAACGGUAUAUACAAACGUUAAAUUAUAGUACUGACUACAAUUGUCAGUUGUUGGAGUUCAUUAAAUCCAUUUUAAACAACGUAAUUGAUAGCAAUUUGACUGAAAUUUACAUCACAAACUUAACAGACAAAAACAUUACAAAUCUGUUUAUUAUACUGUACAACUUGUUAUUAACACUCAAUAUACAACUCUUAUACCAAAACAGUAGUUCUAAUAGGAGUAAUCAACUAUCUGAUGUAAGUACUAACCCAUUCCUUGCUGAUGAUAUGAAAGGUGAAUAUUCAUGUGUUGGAUGUGUGUUGAAGUGUUAUUUUAAGGGCGAUUUGUAUCUAUUAAUGCUAUUGGUGUUGUUAAUACAGUUGAAGCUGAAGGUUCAUGGUACCAAAGUCAAGUGCGUAAAGUGCAACGGUACCAGCGUGAACCUGGUAAAAUCAAUUUCAGACAACAAAUCAUAUGAAAAAUGCAAUGAUUGGGAAAAUGUUAUGGAAAAUUAUGUACUAAAAGUACUGGCAAAUGUACUCACGAUACCAUGUGAAACUAGUAAACAAUUAUGUACCAUAUUAACUCAUUAUGAUAUACAAAUUGAACCAAUUGAAUAUAAACUUAAAAUUGAACACGCGGUUGAAACUAAUAGUCAACAAACAGCUGGUACUGAUGAUACUGUUAACACAGUUGAUAAUACUGAUACUACAAACAAUGUAAACGUGGAAGUGAAUCUGUUAAACAAGCAAAUGUUACAGUCACUAAUUGAUGAUAAAAUUGAUAAAACAUCACUAGUAAAGUGCGCAAAACAACUAAAUACACCACACACAAAAUACUUUAUACAAACACUCAUCUAUACACAUCAAAUUAGUAUAUCGUAG